GGCAACUUGACGCGCUGUGGAGAAUUUCAACGCGAUCAUAAUUGUAAAUAUGGAGCGCGAGAAUGUUUUGAUAAAGCUCUUUAGUUUGUUUGAAAGUUUUAUUCAACAGGUAAAGUUUUCUGGGUGAUUUUCCUUCAAAUACACAUCGACGAGAAGUGCAUAACAUUUCGGAAUCUUUUUCUCAAACAGUUGUCACUGCCUGCAGAGCUGGUCGACUUUACAUUCUGCCGGGAAAAACUUUUGAAGGGUGUAGCCGAUGAGAUCACUGUUUUGGGACAUCUUUCACGACUCGUGGAAGAGAUCAAAUCGUUAAAGGUAUCUUCUUCAAUCAGGUUUUAAUUAAGAUAUUUUUCAGUCAUGAAAAUUUACAUGUGAAGACAAGUGGCAUUUUUGUUGGCAAUUUUAAAGUCUUCUUGUCGUGAUUGUUCAACUAAGUCUUCAACUGAUUUUGCCCACUAUUACCUCUGACUAUUUAGUACCUUGUGGUGAAACACAUCUCACCAAUUCUAGUGCAAAAUCUUUUAUUCCAAACCCCCCAAUACCUCCUUUCAGCAAGUGUCAUGUCACCUUUCCAUAUUUUUACUUUCACUUCAAGGAAACAGCUUGCAGUUCCAAUUUUAAGGAAGCUCAAAUUCCUGUUGAUUUCUCAGUACCAACCUAGCAGGUGUUGACAGGGGUUGAGCACAAAUUAAGAGAAAAAGGGAGAUGGCUGCACUGGCAUUCCUCUCCCAUCUCUCUUACUGCACCUGCCAGGCUAUUGUAUUUCUUCUUGUAAUGUACCAUCCAUGAAGUUAUUGGUAUCCCAAAUUAUGUGUUUCCUCCACCCUUUUUUGUGUCUUUUAUACCCCCAGGAAGAAGUGAUAUAAAUAAAAUUGGUCUUAUGGCAUAUUUCUUGGUUCACUAAUUAAUGUUUGUUUUUUCAUAGAGCCAUUGUGACAAAAAUGAAGGAACUGACCCAGUUGGAAUGAGUCCCAAGGCUAAGAAAAUGAAGAUAGAGGAUGAUCACGAAGAUAAAACUGGUACUCUUAUCAUUGAGUUAAGAGCAAUUUUGAGAGGAUAAAACAACUCUGAUUCAAAGAUCUUCUUAUAAAGGAACAAUUUAUACCUUAUACAUGGGUGUAAGACUUAACAGAAGGGAGCUGAAUGGUCACAUGGAGGACUGGCUGUUUCAAUACAAAGUCCUUCUGAUACAAGUCAAUUUGAUACAUGUACAAAGUUGUUUCAAUACAACUUAAAUCACUUCAAUACCAACCAAUACAUGCUGCGGCAAAUUUUAUUAUACAAUAUGAAGUGUUUCAGUUUCAUGACUAUACUCACUUGGACAAUCAGACUACACUAUAUCACAUGUUACCCUGGGGUUAAACCAUUGAAUCUCAGUUUCAUUUGGAAUGGACUAAAUUUUUUUUUGUCGUUGAUGUUUAUCAUUUAAACAUUUUUUCAUUGUUAUUUUUAGUGUCUGACAACAUCGAAGAAUUAGACACAUCACUGAUUCAAGUUAAUGCUUCAAAGGCUGAGGUAAAUUCAAAGGAACACUAAAAUCUUUACAUAAAAAAAAUUAAACAGUUGCCAUUUUACUAUUUUAUUACACUUCAUGUAAACAUUAGUUUAUCUAAUAUUUUAAUGUUUCAUGGAAAUUUUCCAACUUAGAUUGAUAGGAGAAUUUCAGCUUUCAUGCAAAGGAAACGUUUGGAGGUGGAUUUGCUUAACAAGAGGGAGUUUUGUAGCAUCAUUGAUACAGAAAAUAACAAUGGUUGGUGAGAAGUAAUUUUUUAAUGAGUUUUAAAAUAUCUUCAAUUAUUUUUGAUUUUCCUAUUUUUUAAUAACAUUUGCUUUCACUUUAUUUUAAUGUAUUUUGACUGUGUAUCACACUUAAAUGACAAUUCCUUUUUUCUUUUCUUUUUUUUUAAUGUCUACAGAAUUUAGCUGUGCACGAGUUGAUGCAGUGUUUGUGCACAGACAUGGACAAAAAAGCCACAUUAAAGGUAUGAACCGAUCAAGAUUAUUCUCCCAAAACUAGAGCUCCAGAAACAUGUCUUCAGAAGGGUUUGAGUCUCUUUUUAAAGAAAAUGUUGUGCUGAUUGAUUACGAAUUUGUAUCUACUCUUCUCAUUAAUGUAUUUCUAUGCUUAUUUUAGAAAAUUUUACCAGAUCAGUCAACUUUUAAUGAUGAUUUUUAAAAGGUGAGGAUUUCUGAAUAAGGUCCACCUUGCAAUGGGGAUUGCAUCUAAAAAAAAAAUUGUACCAAAAAUUAACUGAUUGAACAUAGUAUUUAUCGACCGUAUGGGAAGUGCAUAAUUUCAGCAAUCCUCUUUCUCUAAUUGUCCCCAUGACUUUACAUCCACUAUCCCAGCCCUGCCUCUUAGCUUCCAGAAAGCCACCAGUUUUUUCCCUUGGUGACAAGGUCUCUUUAACAGUGACACAGGUUGAAAACACAAGUAGCGCAAGUGAGGCACAAGCACUUGGACCUGAGUUCUCAAAGCAAAGAACCCCAGUAGCUUCUCAAAUUGGCAUGGGAGUUAGUUCUUGCCACAGCACAGAGGAGCGCAUCAGAAACAUAGAGAUCCACCUCGGAUACAGACCAGGUUAGGCUUUCCUCAGGUGUCAACUUAACCCUCUAAGUACUAAAAGUAAUCAGCAUCUAAUUUAUUGGUAAAAUAGUAACACUGAAUCACUUAUUAGGAUCAUAUGAAUAAAGGAAAUGAUCUCUAAUUUAAGAAGCUUUGAUUGUUACACACAUUCUCAUUGUCAGAACCUAACUAAAUUUAUGGAUGAGAGUAUGGAGAAUGUGGAUACUGAUUUGACCCUUUAACUCUCAUGAGUGACCAAGACUGAAUCUCUCCUCACAAUAUCAAUACAAUUUCAACUACUUAAGUAAUGGGAAUAAAGAAAAAUAUCAAGUUGGGGAUAAUUAGUUGAUCCAAUUCUAAAUUCUCUGAAUUAACAUCAUAAGAAUUGUAUAGUUGAUCCAAUACUAAAUUCUUGGAACUAACAUCAUAAGAAUUGAAUGGUUGACAGUAAAGAGAAUUCAAAAUGUGAUCUGGGAUUUAAAAGGUUAAGGGUGUAACAGGUGUUUGCAACAGUUGGUACAACACUAGUUGGAAUUUGGUUGGUAACACAACAAAGUUUAACUCUUAACUCCCAUGGGUGACCAAGACAGAAUUUUUUUAGAUGAUCCAAUAACAAAUUCUCCAAAUUAACAUCACAUGAACUGCAUAGGAGAUAAUUAGGAGAAUCACUAAUGAGAUCUUGGGAGUUAAAGGGUUAAAGUAAUCCUGAACAGCUUGUCUUGGAACACGGCAAAGUUUUGAACACAUGCAGAUGAAAACAGGAAUCUCACAUUCACAGAAUCACUCCAUCUGCCCACUUUAUUUGUUUAAUAAUUGAUUACUGGGAAACAUUGAUCACGUCGACUUAAAUCAUUUUAACAUGACUUGGUCAACAUUGUACCUCAGUUCGUCUGACAACAUCUGAAUAUCAAAUUUAUUAGAGUCUGACUAGUACAACAAUUGCAUGUAUCCUAACUUUGAUUGAAACACAAUAUGAAACUGCAGUUCACUUCCGUCUGGAAAAUAAAAACAAGUAAAGCUAUGGGUCUUCACAAAGACAAAGACAGGCUGUGAAAUCAAUCAGCUAAGAUUUGGCAUCUGAACUAGCACGUAUAUGAAAAAAAAUUUAAUGGAGAAAUGAGAUAACAGGUCAAAUUCUUAUAAAAACCGACUAUGAUUUAAGUUUAUCGUGUUAAUUGAACGUAAAAAUUGAUAAAAAUGUCAACUUUUUUGCGCCUUUGUUGAGGGCAACUCGAUCAAGUCUCGUGCUACUAUCGAUAACAAUUCCAAUCCUCCAAUCACGCUAACACAAUUCUAUUGAAUCGUUCUGGGUUUUCUGGACUUUGAGGCCCACGUAAUUCAAACAGAUUUCGUAAAUUACUUGCUGCUCGUGUACUUAGUUACGGCUUUGGUUCCUUCACUGACGGCGUGUUUAGCCAGUUCACCGGGAAGAAGCAGCCUGAUUGCGGUCUGAAUUUCGCGAGAGCUGAUGGUCGAUUUCUUGUUAUAGUGGGCCAGUCUUGAAGCUUCUGUGGCGAUCCGUUCAAAAAUAUCGUUCACGAAAGAGUUCAUGAUGCCCAUUGCUUUGCUAGAGAUUCCCGUGUCUGGGUGAACUUGCUUGAGGACUUUGUAAAUGUAAAUGGCAUAGCUUUCCUUCCGCUUCCGAGUUCUUUUACCUUUUCCUCCUUCGGCGGCGCUCUUUGCCUUACCAGCUCGCUUUUCGCCCUUCUUGCCGGCUACCUUUGGUGCCAUUUUGAGAGAUCUUGAUUGAGGUUUGCUUAGAUGACCUUUUUAUUUAAACGAAAUAAUCGUCGGAUCAAUUAGUAUGCGGAUCGAAAAUCUCGAACAGUGAUUGGUACGCUUAAGAGGUAAUACUUUCAGUCUGAAUAUUUCAUAAACAUCCGAUACGAUUGUCAUGUGGUGUUCAAAAUGAUGUAUGCCGGUCGAAGACAUCAGCUUGCUGUAGCAGUUUCAGUUAUCUAUUCAUCGUUUUUUCCAAUGUGGAUCUAAUCAAAAGCAAAAUUAAGGCAUGCCAGUAGCUUUAAAAUAAGAAAGAUCGGCAAAGCUAGUUAAAGGGUUCGUCAGAUUAAGGCUACGGUUUCUCGCAUUUGACGUCGCGCUCAUUCGUCACAAUUUGUCGAAAGUUAGUUCAAUCCGAAAUCUGAUGAAUCUGGGAGUGGGGACAUAACAGGCAACAUAUUGAGUGUUAUGUACUGAUUACCAUUUCAUACAGGAAACCUUUAUUGGUUACGACUUUCGAGAGAUGUGGUGGCUCCUAGAGGAGCCUUUGAUAUAGAGAGGUUAAAUCUAACGUGUCUAGCCGCCGAAUCCGUACAGCGUACGGCCUUGUCUCUUCAGCGCAUACACAACAUCCAUGGCUGUGACCGUCUUCCUUUUGGCAUGUUCUGUAUAGGUAACAGCAUCACGAAUCACGUUCUCAAGGAAGACUUUAAGGACCCCGCGCGUUUCUUCGUAAAUCAAUCCAGAGAUGCGCUUAACCCCACCACGGCGAGCAAGACGGCGGAUAGCUGGCUUAGUGAUUCCUUGAAUAUUAUCACGCAAGAUUUUGCGAUGACGCUUAGCACCUCCUUUGCCGAGACCUUUUCCGCCUUUUCCGCGUCCGGACAUACUAACUCGUCUAGAUUGAAACACUCUAUAUUGUUCACAAGGUUAUCGUGGGAUGUAAGAAAAGAGCUAUGCUUUUAAUUUAUAACUUUGAUGCGGACCUCUCAGGGAAAUCACCAAAAUUUUGAUUGGUGUAAAUUUUUUCUGAAGUCUCCUUGAUUGACAAGAGUUCUAUGACGUGCUAUGGACAUGACGCAAUUAUAGAAUUAUUUGCGUAAAUUUUGAUCCGUUUUUUAUUGCAAGCUUCAGGUAGAAGCAAAAUAAUUGAUAUUUUCCCUUGGAAAAAUAUUUCCCAUAUUAAUAGAAAUCGUAGUCUGGGAAGUAAUUCCUUGAAAUUUCUCGUGAAUAUUACUCCAGUGAUAAUUGGCGAUUUUCCAGGAGCGUUUUUAAUAUACCAGGAGGUUUUUAGCAACUAUGUUGAUUUUGAGAGGCGUUCUUGAGUUAAGCUACAAAUAUUAUGUUAAAUAAUGUCUCAAUUACAAAACGAAAUUCUUAAAAAUAUACUUCGGAUGUUACUCAAUUUUUUUGUUUAUAUUUCAACAUUUCGAAGACCAAAAUACUAUACUCUUGUUUGUGUUCCUAUAUAGAGAGACCUGUACCACAAGACGUUUACGAGAGACUCUCCGAUCUUGAAAAAAGAAUACUGCACCUGGAAGGUCUCUCGCCGGAGUACUUCAGGAAGAACGUAAGUUAUCGGUGGGUUUCGGAGCAAGGGUUUUAGGUUAAACCUUCACCAGGAUCCAGAAAUGGGUCCAGUACUUCUCGACCAACUUAUGAUUCCUUUCCCUCUCCCCUUACAUUUCUUCCGCUCGUAAACAUUCGUACUCCUUUUCUCUUACUGUUACUUUGAUCAGACCACGUGACGGAAGGGAGGGAAAAGGAGAACUUAAAAGAAACUCGAACUUCUGGGUUUCGAUCCUUGAAACGGCAUAAGAAAUUUUCCUUAGUCUCACGCUCGUGACAAUACCCCCCAAAAAAUCAUCUUUCAUUGUUUCUCCAAGUUAUCUUACACUGUUGACUUCGAGCAUUAAAACUGGCGUUUUUCGGUUGUAACAUUUCAGCCUGACAAAGGGAGAGAUGGAAUCAUUUCUUCUGGGGGAGAAUUGUCCUUUGGUUCUACUCAGGUAACCUCAUUUUUACCUUUAACUGCCAAAUAAAGUAUAAGUAAUAACAUGAUUGCGAGAGCAGUUUGGUGUUAAUGAACAGGAGUCAAUUUUUCAAAGAUAACAAAAUUGCACUCGCCCUACGGUCGCGUGCAAUUUGUAGUCUUUGAAAAAUGUACAAGUGCUUAUUUACACCAAACUGCACGAUAUGGAAUGUAUUAUGCUGUUACUUGUUGGUAAUUUGCAUGAAAAACGCAUCACAGAAAGUCAAGACGGACGAAAUUUUGGCAGCGCGCGCUAUUUGUAAUUCGCACUCGUGUUACAACUUUGCAUUUGUGUUACAUGAAAAUGCACUCGUUUUCAGCCAAUCAGACGCGCGUAGUUUUUCAUGAAUGUUAUUUUUUAUGGUAAUAGGACCGAGUGAAGUCCAAUUCGGUCUGUAAUCAUAUGAGUGAUUAACAAAUUGGACGACCGCGAAGUGGGAGUCAAUUUGUCAAUCACGAGUAUGAUUAAAGACAGAAUUGGACGACAAGAAGUCCUGUUACCAAUUAAUCAGAACUGUUACAAUUUCCGAAAACGACAAAUACGUUUAAGUCAAAUAUCUCUGGUAGAGACAAUAUCUAAAAUAAAAAAUUUUCCAUUUUGGAAAUUCCUCAAUUUUUUUAGGAUAAGUGGUUGUUGCUAUGGUUAUUGUGAUUAAACCUGUGAUUGGUGGAUUUGGCUGAGUGGAAUUAGUAUGAUUGGCUACUUCAACUGUCCGAUUACAGGUGUCCGAUUACAGUCAACUGUUCGAUCACACUGUUCGAUUACAGCUCUACAGAAUGAUUAGUGAAAAAUAAAGCAGCUAAUGCACUAAUCAUGUUUGAGGAAAUUGUGAUGGUUAUGAUUAAAAAAACUAAUAGCUUCUACUCACUCGUGUAAAUUUCGCUACGCGCGUUCGUUUUCUUACACUCACUCAUUCCUCGCACAUCUAUCUAUCUAUCUAUCUAUCUAUCUAUAUAUAUAUAUAUAUAUAUAUAUAUAUAUAUAUAUUAUAUGAUAUAUAUUUGGCUUUAAUUUUCUUUCAAGAUCAUUAGUAAGUUCUUUUCAUUACCCACAGAACCUCACAUUAGACGAGAUUGACGAGAGAAUCAGAAGCUUGCGCCAUUCAUUGUCUAAGGGAAUUUCAAGCUGACUGAAGUUAAUGCCGGAUUUUGAUACAAAAAUAUCGCUGUAGAAUAACCAUUAGCUUGUACCAGGUGUUCAGUUGGAUCAAGAGUCGAUCAAGGGUACGCGAUUUAGGCGCGUGUGGGCAGAUGAACACAGCGAUCAAUCGUUGGGCAUGCGCGAGGGGAUCAAUUUUAGCCGCCUGCACGCCAAUUUUUCCGCGCAUCCUUUUAAAAGGAGCUAGGGAAAAGGAAAACUCGAGACUUUUCGAACACAAAAAUUAUUCAAGUACUGGUAUCCUGUUGAUUCACCAAAAGUUGUACGUCUCCAAAACACCGUGACUAGCUUGAGUGGUUGUUUGUUACUCGUGUGACACAUCUGACAGCCUGAAAGCACCACCACCCACCACCAGUACGACGUUUGCACAUGCGCAAACGUUUGACCGCUGUGUUGGACAGAUGGCACAGAGAAAAUUAAGGACGAUAAUUAGGCUGUUUCAUUUACAACGACUGGAAAGAGCUAAAGAUGAAGUUAAUUGCCCGUUUCAAAUCUUGUUUAUAACCGAAUUGCUAAGUGAGCGGUUGAAGUCUGUCCACCCUCACAUAAGAGGACGGUAUGAAAUCUUACUAUCCGAGAAUUUUCUCCUCACAAUAAACAUGUGAUGUAAAGAGAAGCAAUCGGCCAAAAAUAUGGGAAAUUGUUACUAUUAUUAGAGUGGUUGAUUUUUUAAAACCGACCACUUAAAAGGCUUUUCUUUCAUUUUAACGCUUUUAACAGCAUUAGCCAACCGAAACAUUAAAGAAGAACACCGGUCAUUUGAUAAUGUCCGAAAAGUUUUUCCGAAGUUCUCGGAACUUCAGAUGAUAUAACGUAGCCAUUACAUGAUUUUUAAAUCUUAGAAGAUUACAAUGGGCGGCUGUAACAUACCGAAGAGUUUGGUUUGUCAUAACCCUAGCCUCUGCAAUUUAUCAUAACCUGUUUAAUGCAGAUACGUACUAGGGUCAAGUUGAAGUCUCAGCAGAGCUCUUGUGGAAGCAAAAAAAGUUUCAGACCUGCCUUGGUUUCUAUCUUAACAAUGCUCCUUGUCGUUUUUCAGAUGAGUCCUUAGAAGAGAAUCAAAACAAUACAAUAACUUUGAGGCGAUUUAUUUACAAAUAUCAGAUAAAUGCUAUUGAAGUUUCUAAGACGCAUUGGGCACUUAAAUACGAGUAUUCUCUGAAUUUUUUUCUGUGAGGAUUUUAGUUUUGAAAUAUUAAAAAAAAGACUCUCCAGUUGGUUUAUUGAACACGUUGAAGCAGGUCCUUGCUAAAAGCAAUUACAUUCGCCCUUUGUUCGCUAUGCUCGUCUCAAACACCUCUAAGCUUUUAUUUUCCAAACUGUAUACCAUUAGGUUCCCAUACAGCAUUUCUCUGUGGACAGGCUCUUCGUCAUUUACAAAGUACGCUUCUAUAAUUUAGUUAUCGUGUGAUCUUAGCGUUCGAGUGAUCAUGAGAGUGGUCCUGAAAUGGACUUUUGUCGGUGGCAGUGACUCAGGGAACACUUAAUUUUAUUGUAACUAUGUACAAGAUAAAAAUGUUUUAGCUCAUUUCAUUUUGUAUACAGGCUUUUAGAAGCAUGAACAUC